AUGCGCUAUGACACGAGCGCGGCUUUGGGUCGCUGUUUGGGCAAACAUCUCGCAGAUCUGAUUUUCAAGUUGACGACCGUGGCUGCUGUCGAGAGUUUCCGGUUGGAGAGUCUGCGUGUCGGCGAGAAGCCGCUAGGAUCUCAGAAUCGGGAUGCACCUGAUGUACGGUUGAUCAAAAUUUGA